AGCAACGGUUAGGUCGCACCUGUCCCGGCUGGUUGUUUCGUUUACACUUAUCUGGUAUUUUUAGCGGGAAAAUGGAGCCUUAGUGACUCCAACGGACACUUGGCACAAAGAAUACAACCGUUAUGCGAUAAACCGUUGAAUCUGCUGUCACGCCUCGGGCUUCUCCGGUGCAUCGUGAGCAGGUGGCCAGGUAAGAGUUUUCGAGCUUGACUACACGUUGCCGCGCGUUUAAAAAUGGCGGACAAUGAAACAGCUGUUUAAGCGAGCACGAGGACAUCUAACGGAACGCGCGCGUAAUCGAGCCCGCGACGACAGGGAAGAAUGGGAGACGAGUGGGUCGAGGACCGUUCGUGUCUGCAGUAGCCGUGUCCGUCGUGAGAGUCGACGAAGGAAACAUGGCUGCAGGUUGUUGUGGAACGAAAAAGCAAAAGCUUAACAAUUCAUCGAGCGUUCCAUGCAAUGGCUCGAUAUUACAAAAUGGCACGCAGCUGAGGAACGGCGUGAUAGUGAAGCCCGAGAUGGGCUUCUUUUGCUUUGAUGUCCUCUAUUGCCAAUUACAUCAGCUCGACCCUCCAAAACCGCCCAGCUUCAGCAACGAAGCCUUCCCAUUAUUUGUAACAUGGACUAUUGGGAAAGAUAUGAGGCUAAGAGGUUGUAUUGGUACGUUUAAUGCAAUGCAAUUGCAUGCUGGUCUGCGAGAAUAUGCUGCAACCAGUGCGUUCAAAGAUUCACGUUUUAAUCCUAUAACACGGGAAGAACUUCCACGCUUACAUGUAAGUGUCUCACUUUUGAGACACUUUGAGGAUGGUGUCGAUUAUUUAGAUUGGGAAGUGGGUGUUCAUGGAAUUCGAAUUGAAUUUCACAAUGAAAAGGGUAACAAACGGACUGCAACUUAUUUACCUGAUGUUGCAACAGAGCAAGGGUGGGACCAGAUACAAACAAUAGAUUCACUGCUACAUAAGGGUGGUUACAAAGGGUUGGUCACUCCAGAUAUUAGACGUAGUGUGAAGUUAACACGGUACCAAAGUGAAAAGAUUACUGUAAGUUAUCAGGAUUAUAUGACACAUUGGCAUAGUCGAAGAUGCUAGCAGCUGGCCUGGGGUUCUUCUGGUCAAGGACCCCAAUUAUCUCAAAAUUCUGCCGGAGUUCACUAUGACACCAACAUCUCUCAUACAUCACAUUUAUCAUACAAUAGCACUCAAUAUAAUUCUUAUGUGGCCAGUCAGGAACAUGGAUUAGCAAUGACACAACGUAAUCAUCCUACAUCAUUCAUACAUCCCCUUCCAAUGCCCUCUGUUUCACCAGUUAUGGUACCCGUAUGGGAUUAUUCAUCAUUUUGGUGGGAUCAAACAGGUUCAUCCUAUCCUCCCCUACAUCCACAUCUGCAUCCUCCUCGUGUUCAUCGAUUUUCGUCCCAAGAAUCUGCAGAUCGCGGUGUUCGUAAACGCAAAUGACACUGGAAACGGUUGUUCUUUGCAAUGUUUAAUUGUUUGAAGUGGUGCCUAUUAUACUUUGUAUGUUUCUACAUACACAGUUUUCCCUUUAUGAUAUCACAAAGUACUCCUUGGGAAUAAUAAAAGUUUACGUAUGAUGGCACUGCCUUAUUCCGUUAAUAAUUUCCACACGAUAUAUAAAUAAAAUUAUUAUUUAUCUAAUAAUUGGUAUAAAUAAUCGUAAGAUAUGUCGAAAGAUGCAUUAACUUUUAACUUCAAUAUCACUAAUUAUUAAUGAGACAAUGUCAAGUAUUCAGGUUUUUAAACUUGUACUAAAAUAUAAUUACUUUGUAUCGCGUGCUUUCAUGCGUUUAUAACUUAAACGACGCGUUUCAAUCAAUAAGUAGUAUAAAAAUUUAAACGUAGCUCUGCCAUCAUACUUAUCACAUGUUCAUUAAUAUGUAUGUCUGCAGUAUACGAGUGACAUAAACAAAUACAUAGCACAGUGAUGCUACCUGCAAUUCACUGCCUGCUUCACAAGAUUUAAUGUACAAAUUCACUCGAAAAUGUUUCUAUUAUUCGUAUACUACGAAGAGCAUAGAAUAUCAUCCUUAGAUCUAUAUACAUAAAUCUAUAAAUGAAGGGUGAAUGAACACGAAUUUUCUAUUCAUAGUGUUCCUCCUGUAAUGUUGUGUUAAUACGCGUAUAGCGUAGUUAUUAUAGCAUCAUUUUUAUAUAAUCAUAUAUUUUUAUGGCAAGUUAUAAAAAGUUCAUAAAAAUAAUGAAUUACUAUCAAGGCAAUUAAUAAAAAUAAUAUGCUUCAUACCUUCGAGUUAAAUACAUUCAAACAACAUUAUUUCGAAUUUUAAUUUUUUUUUCACAUGUGAUGAUUGAGCCACAAAUAGUAAUAAAUAUACCAAUUUUAAUCUAACUAAUCCAUAUUUCUUUGUAGUAAUGGUAUAAAUAAAAUAUUUCUAUUACAUUAUGCACAGGUAAUUAUACAUAUUAUAUUUAUUGUUGAGAUUUAUGAAGAUGUAAAUCUUCAACCUUUUAAUUGAGUUUAUUGCAUCUUUUAUUUCAUUUUUUUAUACCAUUGAUACACUGAAAUUUAUUUUGAUAAUAACAGUUGUACUAUAGUCCGGCGUGUUAUUACAGCAAAGGAUUUACAUCAAUGAAGGAAUCAGUAUAUAAAUAUAUUAUAUUACGAAAUUAAAUUUUAAUUUAUAAGUUUAAAUAAAGUUUUGAAAAGAAUGUUGGUGUGGUAAAAGAAAUGUAUAGAAAGGGACCUCUACUGUAAAUAAGCAAUGGACUGCAUUAUGACUAUUAAAAUGCAUUAAUAAUAGUUGUAAUAUAGUUGUAAGUUAAAAUGUGACGAUCUCAUUGUGAUUCGUAUUAUUCUCUUGAUUGACAAAUCAUAAAUAGAAUCACUAUUGCUUUCUGUAACGUGCUUAUCCCAUUACUCUAUUUUUACUUAAAGCAAGGCACAAUGACGACAUAUUAGAACAAAUCAGUGAAAUAUAUAUAUUUUGUAAUUUUUGAGACAAUGCAAGAUAUGUUCUUCCAUGUAUUAAUGCCUUUGCUUUUCUUAUUCUUUCACGUUCACUUAGUAAAUUUCAUACACUGCCAAUUUAUCUAUUGCUGUUCUUAUUAUAGCAAAAAUACUUUGUGAAAGUAAAGAGAAAUUAGUAAAUUCUAAUUAGUGGUUUUGUAUUCGAUGCCAUUAAAUAUAUUCUAUUAUUUGAGUAGUUAAUUUCUAGAACCUAAUUAUGUAUUCAGCAUUAUAUAAUGUCCAGUUAACUGCCAGUUAAAUACUUAACGAUAAAGCAUUCAGUACUUGCAAAAUAAUUGUAUGUGCUCGAUUUGUGACAAUAGAAUUUAUUAGUUCUAGAAUAUUGUUAAGCACACAAUGAAUUAUAUGUAUUUAUUUUUUUCAAUUGCAAUAGAUUUUUCAUAUGCAAUUAAAACAAAUCUCACAAUUCUGAUUCAAAUGGGUUUAGGUAAAAUUAAAUAGAAAUCUACGAGUAAUUGAUAUAGCGAUGUUUACGAUUAUAUGAAAAAAAAAAAAAAAACUGAACAUGUUAUUUUAGAAUACAUUACGUUUUUAAUAUUUUCAUGUAUAAAAAUGCGUUGUGCCUGAGAUCACAUUUGCAUUGAGUAGUUAAUAAACAAUAUGUACCUAUUUAGAAUCAGAAAAAUCGGGGAAUUUGCGACCGAAUAAACUGUAAGAAACAGUGCUAGUAACUUAAUAUAAAAUUAGGAUGGACGAAUAAAGAUUUUAUAUUAUCA